UACUGUUCUAUAUAUAAUUAUGUGGAUGGACCUACACAUAAACAUAGCAUAGGCCUACGUUUGAAUCAUUUUAACAUCGUUUUAAACUCAAAACCACUGGUGGAAAAAGUACCCAAUUUGAGUAAAAGUAAAAGAUACCUUAAAAUAAAAUGACUCGAGUAAAGGUCACCCAGUAAAAUACUACUUGAGUAAAAGUCUAAAAGUAUUUGGUUUUAAAUGUACUUAAGCAUCAAAAGUAUAAAUCAUUUAAAAUGUCUUAUAUUAAGCAAACCAGACAACACGAUUUUCUUGUUUUUUAAAUUUACGGAUAGCCAGGGUCACAGUUCAGCACGCAGACUUCAUUUACAAACGAAGCAUUUGUAUUUAGUGAGUCUGCCAGAUCAGCGGCAGUAGGGAUGACCAGGGAUGUUCGCUUGAUAAGUACUCGAAUUAGACAAUUUUCCUGUCCUGCUAAGCAUUCAAAAUGUAACGAGUACCUUUGGGUGUCAGGGAAAAUGUAAGGAGUAACAAGUACAUUAUCUUCUUUAGGAAUGUAGUUGAGUAAAAAUUGUCAAAAAUAUCAAUAGUAAAGUGAAGUACAGAUACCGUAGUACUUGAAAGUAUUUUUACUUAGGUACUUUACACCACUGCUCAAAACGUUACAAAAUAUGCUUAAACCUAAGAUCGGUGUGGCUAAAUGGGCAAAACAACACUGAAGUGAUAACAAGCAUUGACACUCCCCAUAAAACAUUCCCAUGCCUUGCCACCUGAUUAACUAUUGUCUACUAACAUUGAUUUACUUGCUAUUGUGAUUAGUCGCAUGUUUUUUAAAAUUCAUAAAUUGUUUGUAUUUGAUUAUACAGCAAAUAGUUAGAAUAGUCAGCAUUAGACAAUAACAAUUUCAUUGUGUACAAAACAUUAGGAACACCUGCUCUUUCCAUGACAUAGAUUGACCAGGUGAAAACUAUGAUCCCUUAUUGAUGUCACUUGUUUAAUCCGCUUCAAUAUAACGCGAAUGUCUAGCUACCCAAAGGUUGCGAGUUCAAAUUUGAGCUAAUUAGUAACUUUUCAACUACUUACAACUUUUUUAGCUAACCCUCUCAUCGCCUAACCCUAACAUGAACUCUCUCUUUUAGCUAACCCUUUCGCCAACCUUUUAAUUUAACUCCUAAAAGUAUCCAUAACCUUAGCCCUAAACCCUAGUUUAGCUAACGUUAACCAGCUAGAAUUCGUAAGAUAUUUUACGUUUUGCAGUUCGUAACAUUUAAUACGAUUUGUAGUUCGUAACAUAUCAUAGUCUCUGAUUUACAUAUAAUAUAACACGAAAUGCUCUGAGACCAAUGCAUUUAAAAACAAAAAAAAUAGUCCGUGUGGCCAUUUGAUGAAUUGUUCAGCAGUCUUAUGGCUUGGGGAUAGAAGCUGUGUCAUGGAGCCUUUUGGUUCUAGACUUGGCGCUCCGGUGCCGCUUGCCGUGCAGUAGCAGAGAGAACAGUCUAUGAUUUAGGUGACUGGAGUCUGUGACAAUUUUUUGGGGCUGUCAUCUGACACCUCCUAGUAUAUAGGUCCUGGAUGGCAGGAAGCUUGGCCCCAGUGAUGUACUGGGCCGUACGCACUACCCUCUGUAGCACCUUACGGUCAGAUGCAGAGCAGUUGCCAUACCAGGCUGUGAUGCAACCGGUCAGGAUGCUCUCGAUGUAUUUGAUACCAUUCCAGCCAUUACCACGAGCCCGUCCUCCCCAAUUAAGGUGCCACCAACCUCCUGGGACUGGGUUUAUGAAAUUUGACUCUCCAUGGGAACGAGGGCUUUCCUCCGACCCUCCUCGUCUACAGACACGCCCAUUUGCUGCAGUUGAGCGUCCAUAGCAACAACUCCAUGGGGGUGAAGUGACUGACAGGAGUUUUGAAAUAGUUCCAGUGACACUAAAGUUCUUCAGUGAGGUUUUAGCUAGCUACUUUGCUCUUUCAUGGACGCUAAUAUUUAUAACAACGCUAUGCAGAACAAAGUUGCUUGGAAGUGGCGAGUUAUCGACUACAUGCGAACAUGCUAACGUUAAUUGGGCUAUUUUUGGCUAACGUUAGAUAGCUCGCUAUAAUUAGUAUUAUUGUUUACAUUUUGUAGCUAGCUGGCUAAUGUUAGUUGAGGAUGUCUGCAUCCAUAAAAUCAAGCCCGUCACCUCCUGUCUUACCGAAACCAGAGGGCCGAAGGAUAAAGUCAAGUCAUUCUCUUGUAUCGCCUGUGGAAGAUCAUGACAGGGCCCUUUCAGAACUCCCUGAGCUGAAAGAGAAACAGGUGCCAGUGACAGAUCGAUCAAAGAUGCAGCUUGUCCCGAUGCAGAAUGACUUGAUCCCAGAUGAGCUCCUGGCCACCCUCACCUCAACCAUCUGUCCCCAUGAUAGGCUGGGACCCCCAAAGCUAACCAAGACCCCCAAAGACUUCAAGGUCUAUGGAAUACGACACACGGACGCGGUUUGGCAUCACCCAGUUGGACGCAAGAAAUACAAAUACUUUCUCGACCAACCAACGUCAUUGACUGGAGCGGGCAGGGACAUCUCCUUUUUGUGUGAUUCCAUGGCCUCUCAGAGGGAGAGGAUUCCCCUGCCACCCAUGGCUGACAGGGGCACCACCCACACACAGGGCAUUCAAAAGGACAUGAGCCUUAUAGAGAGCCUCAUCCCAGAGGAAUAUCACAUUGUGAAAAACAAAGGGGUUCAAGGACUGGAGUGCUAUGACGAUAAAUUCACAGUACUGUUGGAGGACGACGAAAGGAUGCUCAAAGUCUUUCCAUCAAUGAGGCCCAGUGGGCGGCUGGAGGCAGUGCAGCUGAUGAAGGUGAUGGAUGAGAUGUUGGACAGAGCAGGGGUCAACCAGGAGUACAGAGCACUGACUGGACUGUCACAGAUGCAAGGCCUUCUAGAGCUGGUGCGUGUGGAACAGAACAUCUAUAACAUAGUGUUCCAUGAGCUGAUCAGACAGGUCAGUGUGGAGUGUGCUGAGAGAGGACAGCUCCUGGCUAAGCUCAGACAGAGGUAUGUGGCUCUGUUGGACCGUAUCCCCAGGCAGCUGAAGGGUCUCCACACAGAGACACUGGCCCAGAGAGCUCUGGACCGCAGGCUCACAGAGGAGAUCAUCUGCUUCAGGAGCUCCAUCUCUAAGCUCAACACAGAGCUGUGUAUGAUGAGGGAGCAUGACGAGUAUGUGUCCAAGCAGGCUGAGAGAGCACAGGAGGAGCUGGCCAAGGCUCUGGAACAAUCACAAAAGAACUCUGAUGUGGUGGGAGAGUACCAUGGCCUGUAUGAGAUGCAGAGGAGGAGAUUGGAGGGACAGGUGGCCAGACUGACGGACGAGAGAGACUUGUGGAGCAGAGUCACUUACAACCUGGCCCUCAAGGUGAUCAAGAUGAACAACCUCCAGCUGGCCAGCAGGCUUCACGUCAGUGAGCAGACCUGGACCAAGACUGCUGAGCACUUUACACUCUUCCUGACCUCCAAGGACACAGAAGACCUGAACCAUAUCAUGCAGCUGACAGAGCAGUGGAAGGAGCAGCUGACGUCCUUUGUGCAGAGUCUGAGAGAGGCUGAGCACGGUCACUGUGAGGGGAUAAGUAGCAUACAGGCUGACAUCGUCAAAUGGCACACGUUCGUUGGCGCCAACAUCAGGAGCCCGGAUCCGAAAUUUGAGAAAGUUUCAGAAGAACAGCUUUAUUCAGAUUUGAAACAGUGGUCCAAUGCGUUGACCAUUCAGUGUGAGCGCUACGGGGGCGAAGACCUCCUCUCCUGCCAGGAGACCCUCAACAUGCUGGGCCAGCUGCAGGAGGCCUGGGAGGAGGUGGGCCUCCGGCUCUUCAGGAGACACCCGGCCCCAGACGGCGAGCCCCCCAGGGGCCAGGAGGCCAUGAGGGAGCUGGGCCUGGCUGUGUCGGAGCUCCACAAGCAGCUGGGCACGCGCAUCAACGGCGAGAGUGGAAUUCACAAGCAACUGAUGAGUCUGGUCGGGGUGAUGGAAUUCUGGGCCACCCGACUGAAGGCCCUUGUUGGCCGCACCGAGAGGCUGCCCCACUGUGAUUGGCUGAAGCUGGAGAAGGCCCUGGGUAGCUGGAUGUUGCUGGCAGAGGAGUCCUUGAAGCACGUCCACAGCACCCAGCCUGAGAAUGAGAGGGUCAAGCACAAACCACAUGUCCAGAUCGAGAUCAAUGAUGUCUUCAACACUCUCCGGGAGUUCAUCUUGACCCAAGCCAACUUCUUUGACUGUGAGAACCGAAGGCUAUGUGAGGAGGUGAACUCCAUCCACACGGCUCUGACUCGCUGGAUGGUGGACAUGCUCCUCCAGAUGGUCCCAGACCACUGUGACGACCAGGAGCAAGACUCCCUGCCGGGGAUCAACACCACCGCCAUCAUGGAGGUCUCCCUGGAGCAACUAGAGGAAGACGCCAAGAACCUCUCAGAGAAACUGGACUACUUCUCCAAAUAUAUCACCAGCUCUUGUCGGGCCAUUGUGGAGGAGGAGAUUCAGAGGAGCAUGGCUCGGGAUGACUCAGAGAAUGAGCUUUCUGAGCUCAGUAAACUGCAGAGGGAAUGUGGCGAGUGGAUGGAGUCCUGUCGGAUCCUGCUGUCCGACAAGAAGGGCAGUCCCGUGGAGCUGCUCGUCACACUGAAUUUGGUCCAUCGUUCUUUCACGGAACUCCUUCCCUCUGCGAUGCCCAGCAUGAAAUCUCUGAUGAACCUACCGGCAGUUGUUCCACUAGAAGCAGCUUUGGAUGAAGAAGAGGAGCCGAACAAGAAGAGUCCAAUGGAAUUCAUUGAGGUCGUACACAUGGUGGAGGCAGAGUACCCAGAAGAGGCCCUGGACUGCUCACUGGCCGGCUCUAUUAUGAAGCUGAUAGGCCAUGAUGGUAACAUCAUUGAGCGAACCCUGGGGGAGGAUACUAUUCAGCUGGAUGGGACUGAAGACAUGGUUGCCCGUCCACACACACCUAACGGUCAGAGAGCCUUUGAUGCCCUGGCCACAGUAGGGGUUCUGCAGCACGAGUUACUUGGGGUUGAGGCUCGUGUCCAGCGAGCAGAGGAACGGGCCCUAAAGGCAGAGGAGGCCCUCCAGGCUGCGCUGGAGAAGAUCCAAGAUCUGGAGAGACAGCUACAGGGCAGGCCCAGUCUGGAGGCCAAAGUGAGCAAGCAGUCUGUGGCAGCGUCUCCCAAGUCAAAGGUGUCCAGCCCUGAACCCAAACCAGUGAGUCAGAAGCCUGAGCCUAGCCCCAGACAAACCAAGCCCAAGAAACGCUGAACCCUGAAAACAGUACUGUAGCUUCAGAUGUAAUGUGAAACUCUGCUCCUCUGAGGAUCCAACGUCUUUGUAUUUGACAAACGAAUAAACGCAAAGUGAUGUCUAAGUAUUGUAUGACUUGGCGUUCAACAAUGUUUAAUCAGUUGCCUUUUUUUGGGUUCUGUCAUUUGCAUGCUAUUUGUUAAGCAAUCAUGUCCUUACAACAAGGUUAUGUGACAUUUGGUUCCCUCUAUAGUCAUGUUUAUACUAUAUGGUUCUCUCUAUAGUCAUGUUUAUACUAUAUGGUUCCCCCUAUAGUCAUGUUUAUACUAUAUGGUUCCCUCUAUAGUCAUGUUUAUACUAUAUGUUUCCCUCUAUAGUCAUGUUUAUACUAUAUGGUUCCCUCUAUAGUCAUGUUUAUACUAUAUGGUUCCCUCUAUAGUCAUGUUUAUACUAUAUGGUUCCCUCUAUAGUCAUGUUUAUACUAUAUGGUUCCCUCUAUAGUCAUGUUUAUACUAUAUGGUUCCCUCUAUAGUCAUGUUUAUACUAUAUGUUCCCUCUGUAGUCAUGUUUAUACUAUAUGGUUCCCUCUAUAGUCAUGUUUAUACUAUAUGGUUCCCUCUAUAGUCAUGUUUAUACUAUAUGGUUCCCUCUAUAGUCAUGUUUAUACUAUAUGGUUCCCUCUAGUCAUGUUUAUACUAUAUGGUUCCCUCUAUAGUCAUGUUCAUACUAUAUGGUUCCCUCUAUAGUCAUGUUUAUACUAUAUGGUUCCCUCUAUAGUCAUGUUUAUACUAUAUGGUUCCCUCUAUAGUCAUGUUUAUACUAUAUGGUUCCCUCUAUAGUCAUGUUUAUACUAUAUGGUUCCCUCUAUAGUCAUGUUUAUACUAUAUGGUUCCCUCUAUAGUCAUGUUUAUACUAUAUGGUUCCCUCUAUAGUCAUGUUUAUACUAUAUGGUUCCCUCUAUAGUCAUGUUUAUACUAUAUGGUUCCCUCUAUAGUCAUGUUUAUACUAUAUGGUUCCCUCUAUAGUCAUGUUUAUACUAUAUGGUUCCCUCUAUAGUCAUGUUUAUACUAUAUGGUUCCCUCUAUAGUCAUGUUUAUACUAUAUGGUUCCUUUUCAAUAAUUAUAAUAAUAAUAUUUAUUUAUUAUGGACCCUAUUUACCCUCAUAUUACCCUGUCUGAUUUAGCUGGUUUGCAGUGUGUCGUCAUCAGUAUGUUGAAUGAAUCAUACAAUUAAAACCUAUUUCUACUGAGUUAUAUAAAA